CCGACGGCGGACCGAUGCGGGUUUGCACGGCCGGCAGGUGAGCGUAGCGUCUGUUAUAAGGAACGAAUACCGCAGCCGCAAGCGGCGGCCACAAGUUUUGACCAAACCGUCGAAGGGCUGCCAUCUCGCACUCCCUCUGCCCCAAACCUGACACCUUACCCGAUCCAAUCGCAUCAGCACCGACCCCAUCCUUCUCGGCCUCGACGUCCUCCUACUUAUACCUGCAAACCCCCUCCGCCAUCCUUCGUCGUUGCGACUCUCCUCUGCCCUCUAUCUCGCUCGCUCUAAUCUUUCUUCUUCGAAGAUGUCUGCCUACUGCGGCCAAUACCACGAUGAGCUUAUUGCUAAUGCUACCUACAUUGGCACCCCAGGCAAGGGUAUCCUUGCUGCUGAUGAGUCCACUGGCACGAUAGGCAAGCGCCUUGCUAGUAUCAAUGUGGAGAAUGUCGAGGAAAACCGUCGUGCUCUUCGUGAGCUUCUUUUCUGCACCCCUGGUGCCCUCCAAUACCUCAGUGGUGCCAUCCUCUUUGAGGAGACCCUCUACCAGAAGACAGCCAAUGGGAAGCCUUUUGUUGAAGUCCUCAAGGAGGGUGGAGUCCUGCCAGGUAUCAAGGUAGACAAGGGCACCAUUGAACUUGCUGGUACCAAUGGUGAGACCACUACCCAGGGUCAUGAUGACCUUGGCAAGCGUUGCAAGAAAUACUAUGAAGCAGGGGCUCGCUUUGCAAAAUGGAGGGCUGUCCUCAAGAUUGGUCCAAAUGAGCCUUCACAACUGUCGAUCAAUGCAAAUGCUGAUGGGUUGGCACGCUAUGCUAUCAUCUGUCAGGAGAAUGGUCUCGUCCCAAUUGUAGAGCCAGAGAUCCUUGUUGAUGGGCCACAUGAUAUCAAGAAAUGUGCCGAUGUUACAGAGCGGGUGCUUGCUGCAUGCUACAAGGCACUAAAUGACCAUCACGUUCUUCUGGAAGGAACUCUGUUGAAGCCUAACAUGGUGACACCAGGGUCAGAAUCAGCAAAAGUGGCUCCUGAGGUGGUUGCGGAGCAUACUGUGCGUGCUCUCCAGAGGACUGUUCCUGCUGCUGUCCCUGCAAUCGUCUUCCUUUCAGGAGGACAGAGUGAAGAGGAGGCUACCCUGAACCUGAAUGCUAUGAACAAGCUGAAGGGAAAGAAGCCAUGGUCACUUUCCUUCUCGUUCGGUCGGGCUCUGCAGCAAAGUACACUCAAGGCAUGGGCUGGGAAGGAGGGGAACAUUGACAAGGCAAGGACUGCUUUCCUUGCAAGGUGCAAGGCAAACUCUGAGGCAACACUGGGGACAUACAAGGGUGACGCUGCUGGAGGUGAAGGUGUCUCAGAGAGCCUCCAUGUCAAGGACUACAAGUAUUGAUCAGGCUUGUUUAUUUUACCAAUGGCAUUUUCAUGUUAAAAGUGUCAAGAGGGUCUCCUAAGUUUAAACCAUUUCCCUAUCUAGGGAUCCUUCAUCUUUGAUGUUUUGAAUAAGUUGGGAGGCAUUUAUGCCUUCAAGUUUUGUAUGACUCUUUACUUCAAUUUGUUACUUCAAAAAGAAUUGAUGUUUAUCAGAGGGAGAUGUGCCUCUCCUACUGCUGCUCA